AUGGCUUCCAAGCAACCUGCUAUUUUGAACCCUACGCCCGAGGACAUUAGUCUCCUUCUCGCUGCCCAGACGCACAUCGGUACCAAGAACUGCGAGAAGGCCAUGCUUCCCUACGUUCACAAGCGCCGUGCCGACGGUAUCCACCUGAUCAACAUCGGCAAGACGUGGGAGAAGAUCGUGUUCGCUGCCCGUGUGCUCGCCGCCGUCGAGAACCCCGCUGACAUCUGUGUGAUCUCGGGCCGCACGUACGGUCACCGUGCCGUGCACAAGUUCGCCGCCAACACGGGCGCCACGGCAAUCGCCGGCCGUUUCACGCCCGGUUCGUUCACCAACUACAUCACGCGCUCGUUCAAGGAGCCCCGUGUGAUUGUGGUGACUGACCCCCGUGUGGACCACCAGGCCAUCCGCGAGUCGGCCUACGUCAACAUCCCCGUGAUUGCUUUGUGUGACACGGACGCUCCUCUGCGCCACGUCGACAUUGCCAUCCCUGGUAACAACAAGGGUCGCCACUCGAUCGGUCUCCUCUGGUGGCUGCUCUGCCGUGAGUUCCUGCGCCUCCGUGGCAUCGUGCCCCGCACGCCCAACGGCUGGAACGUCAUGGUCGACAUGUUCUUCUACCGCGACCCUGAGGAGAUUGAGCGUGAGCAGGCCGAGGCCGCGCUGGCCAAGCAGGCCGCUGCUGCCAGCGCUGUGCAGGAGUCGACGAUUGAGCAGGUCGACUUUGCCAUUGAGGGCGCCGGCGCUGGUGGUGUGAACCCCUCGGUCGCUGCCAACCUCUCGGCUGGUGGUGAGCAGGUCGACUGGAGCGCCGACGCCGCCCAGGACUGGGCUGCUGACACGGGCGCCGCUCCCGCCGCCACCUCGAGCUGGGACUAA